AUGGGUCGAGGCAAAACGCCGCACGGACUCGUGCCCAACGCGAGAGCGCGCAGAAUCGCGUACGAGAAGAGGAAGAAGGGCCUGAUGAAGAAAGCCCGGGAGUUCUCCGUCCUCUGCGGCGUCGACACCUGCGUCGUCGUCUUUCCCGAGGCAGCGGCGGCCGGCGGCGACCGCCCGACUGCGCCGGAGGUCUGGCCGCCGGAUAGCGGGGAGGCCAGGCGCAUCAUCGAACGCUACAGAUCCGCUGGCCGGAAGGAGAAGAAGCUCGACCUCGGCGGGAAGGGAGCUCUUGAAGACUUUUCGAAGAGCCAACUGAGGUCGCUCCUGAGCAUUCUUGGCGACCGGGUCGACCUCGCGAAGCGAAGCUCGCCGCGAUGA